CACAAGGCCAUUACGAGAUUUCAAAGCAAGUAAAACGGUUUUUAAACAUAUUCUAAAAGGCUCAGGCAGCCAGUGCAAAGAGGCCAGAACAGGGGAGAUGUGACCAUACUUCCUUUUUCCUGUGAAGAGGCGGGCAGCAGCAUUCUUUUCUCUCUGAAGCUGAGCGAUACAGGCGCCACAUAGACCGUUACAGUGGUCCAGGGUGGGCUUUACUUUUGCCAGUUUUCUUAAAUGAAAACAGCUCUGAUGUAGUUGUCUAUCUUUAGUUGAGCACCAACUAAGACUUCAAGGUUAUUAACGGUUGGCUCAAAGUACCGAGCCAGAGAACCGACUUCUAGGUUGGGGUCUCACUGGAGCUACCAAAAAGUGCAGAAAAUAAAGGUUAGACCUUCACAUCUGUGCAUGUGUCACCAUUAAUGAUAAAAACUAACGCAGCAUUCAAAAGAAAGUAAUGAAGCGAGAUUUCUGCAAGCAUCACUCUGCACUCUGAGGGUGUGUGAGCUGGGGGCUGAGCCAACGAGCUGCGGGUCUGAGGUCAGUGACAUCAUGGGACAGAAGCUCUUCCUCAUUCAGAAUGAUUCACUAAAGGACUUAAACAUGCUUUUUCUGGCUGAGAGUCGCAUCGCCUUUACCUGCUUACUUUAGCUGGUUGGGACUAAAUCUGCUCUUUAAAAUAAGAAUUCAAACUACGGACUUUUUUAGUGAAGGUCAGAGGGAGGAAGUAACAACUGAGAUGGGUCCUCUGAUGUUUAAAGACGCCUUCUGGGGGUCGGAUUUCACCUGCCACGCCGGCUACGAUGCUGUGAUCCAGAGGUUAGGCGACGGGAAGCAAAUGUGCAAAGAUGUGGAGGAGCUGUUCAAGAUGAGGGCGCUGGCGGAGGAAAAGUACGGAAAGGAACUGGUCACAAUUGCUCGCAAAGCUGGAGGUCAAACCGAAAUCAGCACGCUGAGAGCAUCCUUAGAGAAACUCAAAACUCAAAUCGAGAACAUCGGUAACUUUCACAUCCAGCUAUCAGAAACUCUGAAAGAGGAGGUGAAAAAGAUUGAGACAUUCAGAGAGCGGCAGAAAGAGCAGAGGAAGAAGUUUGAAAGCAUCAUGGACAAGCUCCAAAAGAAAAAGGUUUCCUGUUUCAAGAAGACGAUGGAGUCUAAGAAGAUCUACGAGGCGCGAUGCAAAGAAGCUGAAGAGGCGGAGCACGGGGCUGAGAAAACAAAUGCUCCCCCCAAAAACCCUGAAAAGGUACGCCACAGGAUCAAACACUCCCGACUAGCAGCCAGCGAAGCAGAGAAGGUGUACCUGAGCAACACCGAUCAACUAGAAACUGUUCGCAGAGACUGGGAAGAGACUCACAAAAGCACAUGUGAGGUGUUCCAGCAAAUGGAGGGAGAUCGCAUAAGCAUGCUGCGGUGUGCCCUCUGGGACCACUGCAACCAUUUCUCAAUGCAAUGUGUCAAAGAUGAUGAGCUUUAUGAGGAGGUGAGGAAGCUUCUGGAGCAGUGUGACAUCACCACAGACAACAACUGUUUCAUAGCGAUGAAAGGCACGGGAACGAAGCCUCCAGAUCCUGUUGUGUUUGAAAGCUACUUCCCGACUGGGAUGAUCAGUAACAGCAACGGUGAAGCUCACUUUGGUCACCAGGCGGAGGAAUCAGCGAGGGACAGCCCUGUAAACGAACCAUGCAGAUCAUUCUCUGAGCCGAUGCUCAGCAACGUCGAAGCGGAAAGUUUUAGACUCUCACAAUCAGCUCUGGCAGAAAGUGAGACAUCAGAUGGCGGAUAUACACCCCCGGGCCGCCAAGCUGCAGCUAUUGGACAGUUCUACGUUGUCGUUUACGAAUACAAAGCACAGGAGGAAGAUGAAAUGUCAAUCAGCAGAGGAGACGUAGUUCAGCUGCUGGUUCAGGGUGAAGACGGCUGGUGGACAGUGGAGAGGCAUGGGGUCAGUGGACUAGUACCGGGAAACUAUCUGAGCAAAAUUUAAAUACGGAGCCUCAACUCCGAACACUGAUCUUUAAAAAUGCACAUGCAUGAAUACAAAGUUACGACUUCAACAUCAGAACAGCAUACAGCUUGACAGCUGCAUGCACAUAUGUAUAAGGAAAUGCUCCACCAUUACAGCUGUUUUCAGAACAAACUUUUUUAAAAGCUGAAUUAAAAAGUGUCACUUUGUUUUAGCUCACGUUAAACUAAAUGAAAACAGUUUCUAUCCGCUAAAUAAACUGUCAUAGCAGAAGAACGUUGUUUCUGAAAAGGGAAGCUAUGAUAUCCUGCUAGCGAGCGCCGCCAUGUUGUAUUUCUGGAGGUAAAGUCGGUAGCGAUCUGGAGCCCCGCCUACUCUUCUUCACACGAUUAAGGAUGUUACGCAAUCACCAAAUGAAAAAAGAACAUUCAAACCUAAAACAGGAAAUUCUAUUUGAAUUCUCUGAUCAGUCAAAAGUGCCAUUUUUUUGCAUGGAAGGGGCGGGACUUAAACAUGAAACCAACCACUAGGGGGUGCUUGUUGCUUCUGGCUUAUACUUCCAGGUUGUAUUUUAAUCUGUGGUUUUAUUUAUGAAGACACAUAUUUGCAGUACUUUAGAAUACAUUAGUGGUUUCAGAAAACUUUUUAAAGCUGAUUAAUUGUAAAUUAAAGAGAUUUCUAUUG